GAUAGCUCAGUUCGUAACGCAUCCAUGGGGGCUUGGGUUCGAUUCCAGCAGGGGUACAAUGAGGAUUGUACAAUAAGGCAUAACAUCUUCCAGUUGGGUCCUUAGGCAAGACACUACUAACUACCUCAUGAUGAGUGAUACAGAACAGAGAGACAUACCGGCUCAGACGUCGCCCGGGUCAACAAGGGGGGGGGGGAUCGGUGUCCUAGUGUACCUCCGGCCGGGUUUUGGGGACUGGGCUCCUUGCUGGGGCUUGCGGGUUGCCUGGAUAGUGGCGAGGCGUACGAAGUGUUCAGUGGACAAAUGCGUGCCUGUUGGUCGCUCUCCGGGAGAUGAGCACACGGAUGUGAAUACAGUCAAACCUGUCUUAGCGGCCACCUGUAUAGAAUGGCCACUGAAAAAUCCCCCGCAGAAAAUUUGCGUGUUAUGGACCCUGUGUAUAGCAGUUACCUGUCUAACGCGGCCACCCAUUUUGUAUCCCUUGGUGAAUAUCUGACCGCAUAUAGCGGCCAAAAUGCCGACUCAAGCAGAAGCUUCAUGCACGAAAAAGUUUCGUUUAAGCAAUGAAGCCGUCGUGUGUAGACUUUAAUUACUGAGUCGUAGCUCAGUCACAAUCAUUCACAAGAUCCACACAAACUGUCAGUUGUUCCACAUAAAAAAAGCCGUCUUCUUUAGAGCUUGUUGCAGACAGUGACAUCGUUUAUUUCUUGGUGAGACAAUGUGCACUGGUCAAUACUGUAAUUGCCCUUGUUGUGGGGAACUCAUGUCGCCGAUGCACUUUAAUCGCUUUAUUAACAGUGGUUUAUUAACCUAGUAGUUCUUUACAACUUUUAUUUUAAUAUGUGCGCACACAAAUUCAAAAUGGCUGCCAACCUGCCUAUAACGGCCACCUUUGCCGUUUCCCUUUAGUGGCCGCUAUAGACAGGUUUGACUGUACUUUUUUUUUUUUUAUUAUUAUGUCCUCGCCAUCGACCGGCAAACUCCCAAAGAUUGACUAGUAGCUCACGAUCGACGGGUUGGCGACCCCUGGACUAGACAGAACAUUCAAUAACGCCUACAACUGCAAAACCAGUCUCUUAGAAUAUUGUUUAUUCUUCAUUUUAAUAGUUAAUCCUGAUCACCACCCAAUGUAGGACUCUUACCGGCCGUGCUCAUCACACACAUACACAAAAAGAUAAAAAUACAUGUCAGACUGUCAAAAGAAGAAGAAAACUGAAUUUUAGGAAUGACUUGACAUUUCUUGUCAGAAAUCCAUCACGACAAAUUUGCUUCCGCGCUCUGGUACGCUGCCUUCCUGAUGCAGACGUCGUGACUCACCACAGGCAUACUGGUUGUGGCACUCAGGUGUUAUUGCAGCGCGUACGCUGCAUGGUGGCGACGCCGUGGCGGCUCUGCAGGGUGCGCUGCACGACGUCCCGCCACUGGUCGUCUGAGAUCUCCCGGGCCCACGGCGGAACACCCAAUGACGGCAACGCCACCGUCGCCAUGGUCCUUUUCACCAGCUCCACAUGAGCUAGAGGAGCACACAGGAAGUGAUGUCACACAUUAGCUUGGCAAGCAGUCAAACGUUGAAGCAUCCCAUUUGACUUUUUGAAGACAAACUCCUUACUUGUCUUAGCUAAUUAGCAAAAACAAACAGACAUCAAUGUGACGCUUCAUUAGGGUUUAAUCAUUAAAAACAAAACUUACCAGCAUCCAUGGGGAUAGAGGCGUGGCUUCUCUCUGCUGCCGCCCCUUCUGGGUCCUCCUCCUCAUCGCUGUCGGGGGGCGGGGCUUCAGGGAGGUGCAGACCCAUCACCUGCAGGUAAAAAAAAAAAAAAAAGCCGUCAUCCUUUGCAAAUACCUGACCUUAAUAGCACGAAUGGUUAAAUGGUAUAAAAACAUGGUCUCGCCUCCAUCCUGUGCUGCAGACUCCCGCCGUGAGAAGGCGCCUCCCCCCCGUCGUCCCCGUCCUGGCUGAGAGGCUGGUACGAGUACCCACCUGCGUUGUUGGCUUCAUCCUCCUCCAAAUCCACCUGUCCCCCUCCCUCUUCCUCCUCGCCACCGCUCCACACUGCCCCCGCCGCCAGGCCUCCGUCGCAUGGACUCUUGUCCUCGUCCUCAGCAGUUGGAAAGACUCGCUCAGGUCCCAUGGCGGGGACCAGCACUGCAGACAUCAGACAUCGGCUGUCAUACACUAUUCUAUGUAAGGUGAAAAGGCCAGUCAUGGGCGAUAAUGCGCAUGCGCAACUACUUCUUCGAAACAGGACAGACAACUUCCCGACCAGCCUGCGGCUUCUGGUUCUGACCGAGAACCACAUCAACCCCAAACUGCAGCAGAGGAUGGCCAACCUGCUGACUGAAGGUGACGAGAAAGACAACAGACGGGGCCCGCCUCUCCAACUACACCCCGUCUCCAGCAGCACGCCUACGCCUAUCAGAGACAAGAAACCUCCCCUCCCCAAAUAGAACUUUUCUGAUGCUGGAUCAAGUCUGGUUAGCUUCGUUCUGUCCACUUCUUUAAACUGUACAGACUUCGCCCCCCUGAUGUCAGGUCUAGGCGAGAGCUCAUUGGCCGAGACUGACAUGUGACCUACCCUCCAACAGACAAACUUUCUGAUUGUGAGACCAGC